GAAAGGGAGAGAGAGAGAGUAAUCAAUCAGAAGUGUGUAUGGUGUGUUUGGACUAGAUUUUUCUAGACGCCAGCCUUUUUUUAUUAUUCUUGAACAGAUCUUGGUUAAAAUAACGCUUUUUGGCAUUUGGUUGUUUUUCAUUUGGUCAUUCCAUAAUUCAAAGUUUUCAAUCAGAUUUUGUCAUAAAAUGGCUAAAUGGGGUGAAGGUGAUCCAAGAUGGAUUGUUGAAGAAAGACCUGAUGCAACUAAUGUUAAUAAUUGGCAUUGGACUGAAAAAAAUGCAUCACAUUGGUCAAAAGAUAAACUAAAAACAUUAUUGGAAAAUAUUUUGAUUGAAGAAAAUGGUUUAGGACAAUGUCGUAUUAAACAAAUUGAUUCAAUCGAUGGUGAAGCUGUUGCCAAUAAUCGUAAAGGAAAAUUAAUAUUUUUCUAUGAAUGGAUUAUUAAAUGUACAUGGAUAGGAAUUUUGAAUGGUGAUUCAACUGAAUAUAGUGGAAAAUUAGAAAUACCAAAUCUAAGUGAAGAAAAUAGUUCGGAUGAUAUUACUAUUGAUGUAUCGAUUGAUGAUCCAAAUAGUGCACAAGCUGAAAUUCUUAAACAAUUAGUUCGUACAAAAGGUUUAUCUAUUGUUCAAGAUCGAAUGAAACAAUAUAUUACAGCAUUACGUAAUGAAUUUGCAAAGGAUAUGAUAAAACCAACAAAAUUAUCUGAAAGUAGUGGUGGUAAUAUUAAUUCAUUUCAAACUGAACAACAAUUAGAAGAGAAGAAAAAAUCUGAAUCAAAAACUACUGCUAGCAAAACCGCUACGGUGUCGAAAAAACCCGAUCAAGCCGGUGGCGAUGUACCGUUUGAAACAACAUCACUGAAAUUGAUUGAAAAUUUUAAAUGUACAGCUGAAGAAAUUUAUAAAACAUUUACUGAAGAAAUAUUUCUUCAAGCAUUUACUAGAAAUAAAGUUAAAUGUGAUCCGGUUGUUGGUGGUAGAUUUUCAUUAAUGGAUGGUAAUAUUAUAGGGAAAUUUAUUCAAUUGGAACCAAAUAAAUUAAUUCGACAAUUUUGGCGAUUAAAAAGUUGGCCACAGGAACAUUAUUCGGAAGUUGAAAUUCGUAUUGAACAACAAAGUGAUUCAACACAAAUUAUACUUGAACAAAAUGGUGUACCAAAAUUAAACCUUGAAAAUACUGAAGAAGGUUGGAAAAAACAUUAUUUUGAAAGUAUAAAACGUACGUUUGGUUUUGGUGCUUCUUUCUAUUGAAAAUUGAAACUGAAAUGAAUCGCUUUCAAAAAUUAUUCCCGCUACAAUGAUUUGG